AUGACUGAUAACAAAUUCAAAUUCAACAAAACAGAAGAUAUUUCCAAAUUGAAAGAGCUCUUUGAGCUUUGUGGAACUCAAUGGGGUGGACCAUUAACACCAGAAGAAUUUGGUACUACAAUCUCCAAAGGUUUUGAAGAAUUUAUAAAAUACAAAGGUGGGAAAUUAGUUGGAUUUUACCUUGAGGAUACUUCAAACAACAAAAUAGUUGCAUGUACAAUCAUCAGACAUGAAAAAGCCUUAUAUAAACCAGCUGAUAGAUCAAGUAUGAUCUCAUCCACCCCCGACCCUUCAUUAUUUGGUGUUAAAAACAUUACUGCAUUAUUAGUUAGUUUUGUAUUCACACAUGAAGAUUAUAGAAAACAAGGAUUAGCGGAAUCAUGUUUAUCACAAGCUAUUGAAUCGACUGAAAGUACUAUAAUACAAGAUCUGUUAGAUAAAAGUAUUGAUUCUCAUGUUGAUAAUUUUAAAAAAAUGACACUUGAUGAUAAUACUGGAGAAACUGAUAGACUGUUAGCAAAUUACUACUUGGGUAAAGAAUACGUUUGGUUCUUGUAUUCUGGUGUUGAUACAUAUUAUGAAAGGUUUGGAUUUAAACCAUACCCAAUGGAUUUUUAUCAAAUUCCAUUACCUGCAUUAACUGAAGGUCAAGAAUCAUUGAUCAAGAAUUUGAUAGAAGAUCUGGAAAAAGAUCAACAAACUAGUCCAGAUAAAAAAUCAAGAUCUGUUGGUAAAAGAAUCAAAUUAUUAAAUUGGGACAAUAAACAAGAUCAAGAAGUUAUUGAAUUUAUAUUACAAACAAAAGAAUUGGAAAUAUUAUCAGAGUUAAACAAAUUAAUGUUUCAUAGUGAAUUACAAAGUGAUCAUAAAUCUUCAUCUUCAUUAACAGGAUUAAAUAAUAUUUUGUCAAUGUCAAAACAACAUGGAGGUUCAAGUAAUGUAUUAUCAUCAAUUGUUGAACAAUCUUUCAAUCCUCAAGGUUCGUCGGUAGCAGAUGGCCCAAGAAGAAAGUCAUCAGCCUUAAAUCAAACAAUCUCAAAAUUUGCAAUCAAACCAUCAUAUGCAGAAUUCAGAAGUAAAGCAAUAACAGAACAAGGAUUUGCUAAAUCUAAAGAAGAAUUAGAAUUUGCAAAGAUUGAAGGUGCAAUAAUAACAAAUGAUUUACAAAAAAGAUCUUAUUACAUAUUAUGGAAUAGUUUAAAAGGUGAAUUUUUCAUAACUGGAAUGGGUGAAAUUUCAUAUGAAAGUGUAUUACCAGCAACAAAUCAACCAAGAAGAGGCUCUUCAUUUACUGGAUUAAAUGACUUAGGUGGGUACAAUUUCCAAGAUCUUGACAUUUUAAUAAGUUUAGCCCUUUAUAACGCAAGACACAGAAGUUCAAAAUUUGAAAAUGUUUAUUUUUCAACAAAUGAUACACCAAAUGACAUUCCUGAUCCAGUAAUGUAUGAUUUUUUUAUAAAUUAUUUACCAUUCUCAUCUUAUGCAAGUGAUGAACAUCAUGAAGCCAAAAAGGAAGAAAAAGCUAAAGGUGAAGAAAAAAAUAAAAUUAAUUUAAUUAAUAAUGGGUCUAAACAAGUUGGUGUCUUACCUAUGGUUAGAAAAUUUGGUACUAAUAAAACUGAAUUUGAAUUGAACUGGUUAAGUAAUGGAAUGUGGUGUUGGGGUUAA